GAAGCUGGAGGGGGAGGAAACGAAAGUAAGUUGAAGUUGCUGCCCCUUUCCGAAGAGCCGUGGCAGAGCGGAGCAUGGCCCUCAGAGAAUCCUUUCAUCAGAAUUUUGGAACUUUCAGCACAGAGCCAACACAAGGGACACCAGGAAGUGAAUAUUUUCCGCCUCCGCCUUAUGCAGUUUCAGAUCAUGGAGGUCAGCCAGUGCAGAGGAUCUGGAACAUUCCUACCAUCUCAGAAGAUGAAGCCCAGCAAGCUUUCCUUGAGUAUGCUUCAAGUAAAUGUUGCUACAGCAGCAACCCUGCCAAAGAGAUGGUGUUCAACGACCUGCAGGGAUUCAGUGCUUAUCGAUAUCAGUUGGAGACCUUCACUGAAUCUAGAUCUUUUGAAUGGAGGACCAAACCUUUCACAGGAAGAACUGAAGUUCCCAUUGUGGAUAUGAUAGCUGUUUCACCUUGGAAUGUUCCUGUGGCUAUUCCUAUGAUGUUUCAAAACAACACCAAAGAAUUCAUGUUGCCUAAUACAUCUUCAGUAAAGGAAUGCUCAGUGUGCAUGGCUUCAGGUAAAAUUCCCUGCAAACGAUGUGGUGGAAAUACUAAGGAACGAUGCCACUGGUGUGAAGGACGAGGAGUAUUCGCUAGUGACACAUGCCACCACUGUUCUGGAACUGGAUCACUUACUACCCUGUGUAAAGCUUGUUCUGGAUUGGGAAUGUUAAACUGUGAUGAUUGUAAAGGACGAGGACUCUUGCUGACAUACCACGCACUGGUAGUUAAAUGGAAAAAUAACAUUUUUGAAUAUGUGGCACAUCAAAAAGACGACUUUCCUGCUAAGCUCUUCCAAGCAGUUACUGGACAGAAAUUAUUUGUUGAUGAACAGGACAUGGUUUACCCAAUUACAAAUUUCCCUGAUAAUAGCAUAAAUAGUGCCUCCAGGAAUGCUGUUGAAAGCCAUCGAGCUCAGUUUAUGUCCACAUCAUGGAUACUGAGACAGAAGCAAAUGAUUGAGCAUAUACCUCUUACCAGAGUGGAAUACAGUUGGCACUCAAAGUCCUACUCAUUUUACGUUUAUGGAAAUGAACGCAAGGUGCAUACAGAAGACUAUCCUCAAAAGUGUUGCUGUACUAUCAUCUGAUAUGUGGACCAUUCCAUCCACUGUGAUGCUGCUUAGUGUUCCAUUUUCAGAGGGAAAGUCAUUGAUCUAUGUUGUAGGACUUAGAAAGGAUUAUGUCCCUUAAAAUGACCUUCACUUCACGGUCACUUCAAGACUUAACUACUGUAACUCGCUCUACGCUAGCCUACCUUUGUCUUUGAGCCAGAAAUUAAAUCUUGAGGAGAAUGUGGCCGCAAGGCUGCUUACUGGGGCAACCAAUUGUGACCACGUAACACUGGUCCUUAAAGGACUGCACUGGCUUCCGGUCGAGUUCUGGGUCAUCUUCAAAAGUAUUGGUGUUAACCUUUAAGGCCUUAAGCAGAAUUGGAGGUGCAUAUCUUCGAGACUGCAUCUCCCCAUAUCGUUGGAGGGGAACCUCCUGGCUAUCCCCAGCCUGAGAGAUAUCUGUCUGGCUUUGACAAGAGCCAGGGCUUUUACGGCCCUAGUUCUGGCCUGGUAGAACAAGCUGCCAAGUGACGUCAGGGCCCUGUGGGAGUUAUGGCAAUCCCACGGGGCCUGUCAGACGCGGCUGUUCCACCAGGCCUUUCCUAACUAGCCAGCCUGAUCAAAAACAUAAGAACAUAAGAACAUAAGAACA